AUGGUUACGCGUGCUGCUAGCGGUGCAAUAUGUCCAAAGAGUGUCGAUGAGAUUCUUAAAGAUGCAGAGAAACAAAAUCCACCACAACGUAUUACUGCUACGAAACAUGGUGAUAAUCGAAAUAAUUUAUCUCGUGGACGUGCCAGGGGUUAUGAUCGAUCCGCGAUGAUUUCAAAUUUUCAAAAUCAACCACUUUAUAAGUCCUUUCAAAUGCCAAUUAAAGUGCUAACAAGCGAAGAUUGGAGGGUUGCAAGAGAUGAAAUUAAGAAUGUCAGAGUUACAGAAAAGAUUGAACAGUUGAAAGCUGCAAAUCUAUGGAGUUUUAAACAAAUAGAACAACAUAAAGCACCGCCAAGAACAAUGACACAUUGGGAUUAUUUGUUAACCGAAAUGAAAUGGUUGCAAACUGAUUUUAAAGAAGAAAGAAGGUGGAAAAUAGCAGCACACUAUCUUAUGGCUCAAUGGGUUAUGGAAUGGCAUGAUGCAGAAGAUAAAUCGACUGUUUGCGUGAAGUGUCGGAAACCUGCACCAGUUAUAUCAAAAGAAGUAUCGUCAAAUUCGAUGAAUAUUGAUACUGAUAAUGGUUUGGUUGACGAAUCGAGAGAAGUUAAAAUGGAAUUAACAGAAAUAAAGACUGAAGAAAUAGAAGAAGUGAUUAUCAAGGAAAAUAAUCCGGAUGAGAAUCGAUGGCAACAAAACGGUCAUAUAUCGAAUGAUGAAAUAAUGAUUGAUAUUGAGUCAGUUGAUGAUGAAACAACUUCUUCAAUACGACCUCAAAACGACCUGAUCAAUAAUGAUCAAUCAACUACGUCAACAAAUAAUAUAACAAAAAAAAUGAGACGUCGCUUCUUUUCUUUACCCACAAAUCAAAUAAAUUUCUUUCUGCCAGACAAUCAAACAUUCGACCUGGAGACAAUACUUCCCGAAUGUAACAUUUAUGGGGGAAUACCCUCACCGAGUGAUAAAGAUACCUAUAUUGAUGAAGCUGAAUAUGCUCGAAUAAUACCUAUAUCGAAAACAGUGGUGCGUCGAACGAAAGGAUAUAAUAAUAGAAAAUCAAUGAUGCAACGGAGAAAUUCAUUAUAUGAAUCUUUGAAGCGUAUAAAAACAAAAUCAAAGAAUGAUGACCUUGAUGAUCAAGCUUUAAUAAGUCCAAUAUUUUCUAAACCAAAUGAAAAACUUGCCACCGGAUUUACGGUUUCCGAGCCACCUCAAAUUUCUACAAAUCCCACCCAAAGUUGGUCAGCGGAGGACGACGAUUUGUUAUUGUCACUGGCAAAGGAGUACCAAUGCAAUUGGAAUCUUAUUGCCGAAAUGAUAAAUUUGUCACGUUCUUCGAUAACUGGAUGUAUACGGAAUCCAUACGAAUGUCAUCAACGAUGGCUACAGAGAGAAGAUACCAGUGGAUUUAUAAUUCAAGGUGUUACAAAAACUUCGGACGACGAAGAUGAAAUCGCAUUAGGCCUCGUUAAUUCUAUGGAUGGAAUUAUCGUGAGUGGAGGAAGUAGUAGUUCAACAUCAUCAGCUUUAAAGAUAAAAAAGGAUCAAUUGAAAAAAGCACCUAAAUUUGAUCCAAUAAAAAACAAUAAACGACAUUCAAGUAUUCAGGAAGCAAUAAAAAAGGCUGCAAAGAAAAGACAAGAGGAGGCUCAAAAACGACUUCAACCCAAAAAAGUUCAGGAACAACCCACUUCAUUACAAACAAGAGUUCCCUCACCAUUGGAAUUAAGUCGAAGGAAGUGUGAGCAAGAAAGGCAGGCCCAUCAAAACAUUUUGGAAGCGCGUCAAGCGGCAACUCUUGCUAUGCAAGGACAUCAUGUAAGGCAACCGAUGAAUGCCCGACCACAACCACCACAGGGUGUCCAUAUGGUACAUCCAAUACCACAAGUUCCUGGUAGACAACCUGUACCAAUUGUUAAUCAAAUGCAGGCAUAUAUGUUGCAACAACAAAGAGCCGCUGCUGUACGUGUUCAACAGCAAUUUCCACAGAUGACUACACAACAGGCAAUGGUCCAAGCAGUGCAAGCUCAAGUACAGGCAGCUCAAGUACAGGCAACACAAGCUCAACAAGUCAAUCUUCAAGCAUACUACACUCAAUUACGAGCUCAACAAGCACGGCUUUCUCUAAUCACACAGGGUCAAGUACCACAGAAUCAGCAGCAGACUCAAGUUGUGGCUGGAUCUUUGCAACAACCUGCACAAGUUACAUUACAGCAUCAACAAGUUAAUCAAAAUCAAAAUGCACAAAAUGCUGUUACUGGUGCUCCUCAACAACCAACCUCGACAUUUGGCUUCCCAUUGACGGGUGGUUAUCAUAAAUAUGCUUCAAACUCAAGUACCCUUAUAUCACUUGGUGGAGGUCUAAGAUGUAAAGCAGCAGGUCGGGGGUUAGAUGCAGCGGGAAGAGGCCUCGGAACGUGA